CGAGGCGCCGCUGGCGGCGCGGGAAGGGGGGGUGGGGGGUCGCUGCAUGGAGGACGUGGGGCUGCGGAGCGGGCGGGAGCGGCUGGCCGGCGGCGACCCGCGGCUCGGCGCCGUGCUGGUGGAACCGGUGAUGGUGAUGGUGGAGCAGCGGGCGGCGGAGGGCUACAAGCUGGUGGAGGUGCUGCUGACCGGCGGGGCUCCCUGGGGCUUCACCCUGAAGGGCGGACGAGAGCACGGGGAGCCCCUCAUCAUCACCAAGAUUGAAGAUGGGAGCAAAGCUGCAGCUGUGGACAAGUUACUGGCUGGGGAUGAAAUUGUUGGCAUCAAUGAUGUGGGCCUUUCCGGCUUCCGACAAGAAGCAAUCUGUCUGGUGAAAGGUUCACACAAGACACUGAAGCUUGUAGUAAAAAGGAAGAUGAAAGUGGUGGUGGUGGAUAUUGUAGCACAGAAAAUGCCAUCUGAAAAUGAUGUUCAUGUAGCGAGAAACUAUCUUAUGAAGAUCUUGAGAAGUUCCAUGAGAAGAAAUGACCUAGCCUGCAGGCCUCACUCCUGGCACGCAACCAAAUUUACAGAAAGUCAACCUGAGACAGCCACGUCACAUGUUUCCUCAUCCAAUGCCUGCACUCCCUGGCACUCGCGCUAUCAUGCAAGUUGUUCUUCUCAUGACCUGUCAAACUCGUGGGAUCAGUCAAGUCUACAUCGCACUUCUGACCAAUUCAGCUCUUUGGGAAGUAUGGACAGCUGGGACCACACUCCACAAGUAGCCCAGUACGGAAGGCUUUCUUCUGCAAGAUCUAAUAGUAGCAUUGAUCAUCUAGGGAGCCAAAGUAAGCGGGAUUCAGCCUACGGGUCUUUCUCCACAAGUUCUAGCACGCCUGACCACACUCUAUCCAAUGCAGACACUUCUUCAACAGAGAACAUGCUAUACAAAGUAGGCCACUGGGAGACUGCUAAGCACGGAAAUAAGUCUGGCCAGUUCUUGAAUGACAGCAGUGGAAUAGAGGACAAACCUGGGUAUUUGCCAGCUCCCAUCCAAUAUGAGAACAACAGAAGUCCUAGAAUAGAGGAACACCCCGAUGGCAAGCUCACUAGCUCUGGAAGAUCCAGUUUUGGACCUGUCUGGUAUGUUCCUGAUAAGAAGAAGUCUUCAUCUCCUCCCCCCCCACCUCCACCUCUUCGUAGUGACAGCUUUGCUGCUACCAAAGGCCAUGAGAAAGCCCAUGGCCCUGCGUACUCAGAGGGUGCCAGCACGCAGCACUUUACAGCCCUGAACCGGUCUCAGCCCAGGAGUGACUGGAACUUGGAAACUGUGGAGCAGCAGCGGCGGCCCUCCAGAGCAUGUGACAGGAGGGUCAGCAGCUCAAAUUAUAAAUCCGAUCUCAGUUCAGAACACACUUUUUCUUCAACUGGUGAAAGGUACAAUAGUAAUGCAGGAACUGUGAACAAACUGCAGUCAUCCUUGUCCAGCACGGAUGUUCGGUUUGCACAGCCUACUUACAGUUACCACCACCAGCACCAGUACAGUGAUGAAAGCACUUUUUUUCACAAUGCAAGAAUCUUAGCUGCACCUAAAGAUCAGCAACAUUACCUGGCCUAUAGUGGCAUUCAGGAGUUACCUACAGAUCAUUUUCAUGGCUACAGUCCAAACCAAGCCAGUCUGCUCAACACUUCUUCUUCUUUGAACAGUGCUGCUGAACAGAAGCUGGACAACACUGGACAGAGUCGCUAUUAUUGCGUGACAGCAAAACAGCCUUCUCAGGGAAGCUCAAAGCCACUACAACUCAAGGAUGACAGCUGGAAAUCGGCAGUGGGGACUGAUGCAUUGCUUGGACCUCAUGAAAAUCCUGCAGUUGUCACAAUGGUCCAAAAACCAAAAUACUAUCUACCUCAACAACCUGUUGAAUCCUCACUGAAAGGGUGUGAGAACAGUAGUCAUUACCCAGUGGACAGAGAGGGGGAUGCUAGGUGUGCUGUAGUAGAAGAAGCUAAAAAACCCAAUCAUACUGAAAAGUCUGGACAAAAGAAAAACUUUGAGAGCAGCUCUGAGGAAGGUGAAACUAGGUACGGUCAACAGGAGUAUGUAAAGGGCUGUGUCCUUACCACUGAAAACAGAUCUGCUCAGAAAGAUUUUAAGUGGGGGAAAGAUGAGAGUAGCAAGAUUUCUCCUCAGAAGACUCCAAUGUUGCACUCUUUAGCUCAGGAAGGGAAAAAACAGUCUGACAACAGCCCAGAAGCAGUAACAGAGCGACAGGCCCCAUUUGACACUCACUUGUCUAAACAGGCACGAAGGAGCGAUCGUUUUGCAACAACCCUGAGAAAUGAGAUCCAAAUGAGAAGAGCGAAUCUGCAGAAAAGUAGAAGCACUGCUACAUUGGUAGGGUCAUCUGAAACAGAGGAGUGCAAUGAGACCUGGAAGCCAGAUUCAGCAGAAAAUGUCACUGCCUCCCCAGAUGCUAACUUUACCAGCACCUACAAAGAUCACCUCAAGGAAGCACAGGCCAGGGUUCUGAGGGCGACGUCCUUCAAACGGCGGGACUUGGAGCCCAGUCCCGCUGAAUAUCUCCCCAGGUCACCUGAGCGGAAAACUGGUAGUUACAACUCUUCAUUGUUGGCUUUGGUUUCUGAAGACGUGUCUGGAUUCCUCGAGGCUACACAAGCUAAACCGAACCCUACAGGGAGUGGCACUCAUCACGUUUCUCGGAUUGGAGCCAGGAAGAGGUUCACAACAGAGCAAAAACUGAAGUCUUACUCUGAACCGGAGAAGAUGAAUGAGGUGGGGAUGUCAGAGGAUGAGUGCCGUGCUCAUUGCCGUCCAAAUACAUCUGAAGAAGCCCUGGGCUCGUUUGCAGACAGGUGGAAAUUUUUUGAAGAAACAAGUAAGCCUGCAUAUAGGAAAUCAGCACAGAAACCAGCCCCCCACAAUCUAGCCGAGGGGCAGCCUGAAAGGCCGGAUAGGAAAGCUCACGGGGGACAAGAGGGAGAGGAGUCAUGGUAUGAGAAAAGAGGUCGGGCAGCCUCUGUUGGACUUGAAACUGCACAUGCUUCAAAAGAUCAUGUCCACCAUCGUAGCAGCAAUAAGGCUGCUGACAUGACUGUGAAAUCUGAACAGCCGCAGCGCCUGGGAACCUUUGCAGAGUAUCAGGCAUCAUGGAAGGAGCAGUGGAAGCCGAUAGAGCCACGGAGCUCAGGAAGGUACCAUUCAGCCGAUAAUAUUCUUGAUGCAGGCCACGAACAACAUGAGAAACCCCAGUACACCCAUGAGAGGUCUAGAUCAUCCCCUUCUACUGAUUUCUACAAACAGGAAGCCUCAGUUGAAGUAAGGAGGCAAGCAGAGGAUUUAAGGGAAGAUGGGGAACGUAUUUUCUCUAAAGUUAACAAUCUGGAUGAAAGGAACUGCACUGUAAGCUUCUUUUCUAAGCUCACAGUGUCUCUUCAGCCUCCUUUAAGCAGAGAGCAAACCUGUCUCCUCUUGGGGCUUCAGAGGCAAGCUGACCCAGGGGCCCUGAGGGAAAACCCACAGGAGAAGAGGGAUCAGCUGGACCAGAAUUUAGGCCACAAGUGGAAGGCAUCUGUCAGACCUUUGCACGCGCGAGAGCCUACAGUUCUGCCUCACGAGAGGCGGGGGAGGUCUGGGACAUUGCCUAGUGAUUACCGAUACACUCAGGAAAACGUGAACGAGAAGAGCAAGGAUCAUAGCCUGCCUCAUCUGCCCUGCUCGGAGCCACAGACCUUGAACGAGAACCACUCCUGUCUGUCCCGGGGCAAAGGAGAAGAAAACCAUAGGGUAGAGCCGGUGCUGCUGAACAAGAAGCGUGGACCUGCUCCUCAGAGGCCACCACCGCCUAAAAGAGAUAAAUACAGGCGACCGGACAAUUCUGUACCAUCGCUUGGCACCUCUUCUGAAUCUCUGCUGGUAGCGCCCAACCGGCCCUGUCUGUCCUCGUCCCCCAGCUCUGCCGAAGUGUUUGCCAGUCACUCCUCUCUCUGUCAGAGUCCUGCAGCUUUCAAUGGAAAAUUGAAGAGUGCUAAUCCACAGCAGCUCCAGCAAGCAUCAUCCACGGAGAAUGUUUGUCAGCACUUAGAAGAAAAAACGCACCUUAGGUCUGAGUCUGUAUUAUCUUCCAAGUAUCGGUAUCUUCAAAAACCUGGCAUGGAGACAUCAAGGUCCCCUUCUCCUCAGUUUGCACCACAGAAGCUCACUGAUAAACCUCCUGUGUCCGUACAGGAUGAGAACCCAGCCAGAAUUGAAAGGGUUAUAGACAACAAUACUACGGUGAAAAUGGUUCCCAUCAAGAUAGUUCAUUCUGAGAGCAGCGCAGAGAAAGAGAGUCGGCAAAGUCUUGUCAGUACUAUGGAGCCUCCUGCUUUACCCAGUGGUUUGGAAAAGGACCAAAUUAAAACACUCAGCACUUCUGAGCAAUCCUAUUCACGUUUCUGUGCUUACACCAGGCAAGGUGUAGAGCCAGAGCCAGAAGCCAGAACCAAACCAGCUGACCCUCAACCAGCUCAAGAACCUGGAAGCAACUUGAAGGACAGCAGUGCUGCCACGCCAGCAGUCAGCUAUGUAAAGGCCAAAGAGAAGACCUUUGAAGACUGGAAGUCAGAGGAAUUAGCUAGAGAGAUUGUGGGAAGAGAUAAAUCUCUAGCAGACAUACUAGAUCCUAGUGUGAAAAUAAAAACAACAAUGGAUCUGAUGGUUGGAAUAUUCCCUAAAGAUGAACACCUCCUAGAAGAAGCUCAGCAGCGCAGGAAGCUCCUGCCAAAAGUUCCUUCUCCAAAAAUUUCAGAGGAGAAGAAAGAGGAGCAGAGUGCGCCGUCUGCCAUCUCCCUGACAAGCAAUUCUACUUACUACAGCACAUCUGCACCGAAGGCAGAGCUGCUGAUUAAAAUGAAGGACAUGCAGGAGCAGCAGCAGCAGCAGCAGAGCGAGGAUGAUUCUGAAGACGAGCUGGAUCAUGACUUGUCAGAAAAGAAGCAAGAACUUAUUGACAGCAUUAGUAGGAAGCUGCAGGUGCUGAGGGAAGCACGGGAGACACUUCUGGAAGACAUCCAAGCAAACAGUAUACUGGGGGAGGAGGUAGAGGCCAUUGUGAAAGAAGUCUGCAAACCAAAUGAGUUCGACAAAUUCAAGAUGUUUAUUGGUGACCUUGACAAAGUAGUCAACCUCCUGCUGUCGCUAUCAGGUCGUCUGGCCCGGGUGGAAAAUGCCCUUAAUAACCUGGAUGAAAAUACCUCUCCAGAAGAACGGCGGACGUUGGUAGAGAAGCAGAAGCUGCUGACCCAGCAACAUGAAGAUGCAAAAGAACUGAAGGAAAACCUGGAUCGUCGAGAGCGUAUUGUCUUUGACAUUUUGGCGAGCUACUUGAGUGAGGAGAACUUAGCAGACUAUGAGCACUUUGUAAAAAUGAAGUCAGCCCUGAUCAUUGAGCAGCGAGAGCUUGAGGACAAGAUCAAGCUGGGGGAAGAGCAACUGAAGUGUCUGACCGAUAGCCUCCAACCUGAACGGCUCAAAUAAGAGGGCUGAGUUUGACCAAGGAUGUGAAAAAUGGGAAAGAUGGAAGGGAUGGGGGAGUUUCCAAGUACACAAAUGAGUAUCUUGGCUUGUCUGAGUGUCCAGUAGAGAAACAAGUGCACAAGAGAAAAAUAGCUCUCACAACAGCAAUAAUGCUCUCUUUCUUUUUUUUUGGGAUGAUGUAUUUAAUUUUUUAGAACACAUUUUUAUUGCUGGACUCUUCAGCUGUUUCUCAUUGCUUAACUUACAGAAAGCUCCACAGAAAAGGAUAGACUCUUAACCUUUCUGCUGAGUAAGUUCAAAGUCUGUGGCAGUUGUGCAUGCAAACAACAAUGUUUUUUAGAAUAGGUUGUAUUCUUUCUUUAUGUUCAGAUGCUGUACAGACUGCUGGGAAACCCAACAGCGAUUUAUGAAUGCACACAAAUUUAGAAGCUCUAAAUUUAGUGACUUUUUUUUAAAGACACAUUAAAUAGGGGAAGCGUGCAUCUUAUAGCUAAUAUAUUCAGAUUGCUGAAAUGUAGUGUCACUCUGAUCCUGUGGCAUCAGACACUUUUUUGUGAUAUUGUAUACAGGACGGCACUUUCCCCUUGCAGAAAAUAACUUUAAAAUCCGUCUCAGUUAAACACUUUUUAAACCAGCUUGCAAGUCACCUAAUGGCUAUCUUGCUGAAGAUUUUUUUUAAAAUUAUUUUGCAAGACAUAUUUGUACACCCUCUUACUGCAAUGCAAGUGAUUUUCUUUACCAAGUUGUACUUGAUUUAAGAAACGGGCUGGAAGUACUGUGCUGAUUUUGUUCAAAACAUUUCUCAUCUAAAUUAUUUAGAAGGCUCAUUUGCUCUUUCUUGUGCUUUUUUAUGCAUGUUCUUAUUCUUCUUCCCCCAAACUCUCUACACUUUAUGAAAAUAAAUGUAGGCUAAGGACAGUGCUUCUAUUUUUCUUCUGAUUGCUCAACAUUGUGAUGGUUUUAUGUAGACAGUUAAGUUAUACUGAAGUUGACCUACAUAAUGCUGUUCGUUCUUUCCGCCUUCUCAUACUACCAAAUGCAAUAUAAACACUUCUGCCAUGUAAAUACUGCACAUUACUCGGAACAAUUCUGCUUUGUAACUGUGAACAUAAGUGGGUUUUGUUUGUUUGUUUUUUCCAUUGCACAAUGAUAAAUGAGAGGAUGCUAGUUCACAGUACCAGAUUACUGGUUGCGUUCUGGUAAUACUGCCAUUGACUUGUAACGGAUUAUUUCCAGUAGCUCUAAAAAGAGAUGCUAACUCAUGUUUUAGCACAGUAAUAGGUUAUGCUGACUUGCUCAGAUACCUACAGAGAAAUUCUGUAGUGUCUAAGCGUCAAGUACUAUGUUAAGAUAAAGUUUUGCAGGCAAAGGAAAGUCUUAGAUGACUUUGUGUAUAUGCCAUUUAUAUUGUAGUAAGGAAAACAUUUAUCUCUCUGUAGACAAACAGGUUACCCAACAAGAAGCCAUUUUCAAGGCUGAUGUGAAUGCCAGUCUGUAGCUAAGCAGGUUGAAAAUACAAGUAGUUAGGUGUUGAAAAGAGAGAGAAAAGAAUUCUUCCCACUAUUCCUGCAGUGGCAGCAUUCACAAAAGUUUUUCUGUCCUUACCUGAAUUCUCUCUUUUGCGGGGAGAGAACUGAAGAGGCGCUGAUGAGCGAAUUCCUUGCGAGUUGGGGAACUGGGGAGCAAAAAUCUUCUGGAACCAGUUCCUUUACAGACAGGUGCAAACGUUAAAAGGACUGUUGCCCCCCUUAUAGUGCACUACUUUGUAUACCUGGACCAAAUUUUUAAUGACAUUAUGUUGAUGUGUAUCAGUUGAGGUCAAAUGGAGCUACCAUUUUACAAGACCUACAGCUGACCUUUGUUUCUUUCUCCUAAUUCAGAAACGUAGUCUUCUGGCAUCUCACAGUUAUAUGCUGCUAUGUUCCUAGGACAAGUGAUCCCUUUGUCCUUAAACUUAUCCCUUAACCAUAACAAACCCCAAACUAAACAAUUCCCAAAUAAAUUAUGCUUGUCUUUUAGCUUGGAGAAAAGUGUGCAUUGUUUUAUCUGUGGCAUUUUAAAAAUUUUACAUAUUGUGGUUACUCUGAAAUGUGUAUGUGAAAUGUGAAUAAUAAUAUAAUUACAAUGUGUUUGUAUACAGUACUUUGAUUUAGAUCUUUCUGAUAAAAAGUAGCAAUAUUGUGAAUGCUAUAUAUAUUAUACUUUUCACAGAACAGUUGCGUAGACACCAUUCUCUCCUUUCCUUUUACAAAACUGUUGAAAAUCUCUCACCCUGGGAACCUGAAGAUGGUUGCCUCCCAAUGUUACAUGUAAAUUUGUAAAUAGCUAUACUGUUGCUUUUUGAAAAAAUCUGGUGCUAAUGUUUUGCCUUUGGCAUCCUGGGGAUGGCUGUUUCUUCACCCUAUGUUGUUCUCAAUUCUAUAGAUCUCUUUGUAUAGUGAAAGAUUUCCACUAUGUUUCUCCAACUGUUUGGAUCCUGCAGCCCAGAGUGAAAAUGUACAGUUUUCCUGCCUGAUGCUUAACACUUACCUACUGACAAAUGGUAUUGCUUGACUUUGAGAAAAUAAACUGUAUAUUUCAACGUA